AUGGCAACCUCAGCAACCAACGACAUUGACCUCACUUACGCAAUCCUCUGUCCGCCUCCCCUUGCUAUCCAGAAGAAGCCACGCAGAGCAACAUUCCGUCGACGUAUCCUGCAAAGGUCAGUCCCAAGUGAAAGUCACGACCAGUACGUCUUCGGUCCACUGGACGAUAUCAUCGACGUGAUCAAAAGCAACAUCUGGGAGUCACCGCCAGACCACAGUUUUGCUGAAUCCGUUGUUGAGUGGGAGAAGCUGCCUACAGCACCCUCGAUGUGGACCAUGACGCCUUUGCCUCUGAGCCAUAUGCCCAGCGACCAGCCUCUAACGAUUCACAAGAACAGGAACAGCCGCUCAUCAGCGUCGGACUCGAGUAUGAGUGAUCCAAUGACUCGGUGGCGCAAAGGCAGUCAGGACGAGGGGUUGCGCGGUGGUCCAGUAGGCCCACUGCCAUGGCCGCCGCUUGAUCCAAUGGUGUCGCACGAGUCUACAUCUGCACCACAGCCUUCAGAUCGUACCAGCGGCUCAGAGCGCCCGACUGCGCAACAGACGCUACAAGACGUUGUUCACAAUGGGGCGCAUCGCUCAGACGCAACGAGAAGACGCCCAUCCCGAUUGCGCUUCUUCACCAACGGGUUCCCACGACGGCGCCGAAUGGGUACCGGUGAUACGGGUGCAAGUGCCGAUGAUACGUCAACUGCCCUCUCUUCAUCGGUCGAGGACACGCUUGCGCCCCAUAGUCCCGUGUAUGAAGGCGCAGAAGAGAGAGAGCCAAGCGACGAAGCUGUCGAGUCCUACAUCCGUAACAACACGAAAGAGUAUGUUUCAUUACCCGACCUAACAACCAUCCCACUUGAUGACUGCGCUGGUUUAUCCCUCUGA